GUUUGCUUGUUUUUCAUCACUAUUGUUCAAGGAUAGAGAUUCCCACCUGCAGAUACUAGCGCCGGACGUUCCUUGUUGAAGUUCACCAUGAGGCUGUACCUUUUGACAGGACUCCUACUGGCCGUUGUAGCCAUGAUGGUCCAGGAAGGAGACAGUUGGCCGCGAAUUCGUAUUCGCGUAAGAAGAAUCGUGAGGCGUGUAGUCAACUUUUGCAAAAACCGCCCGGUUACUUGUUACAGAGUCGCCACUGGUGACGAAAAUAAACUGCAGGCCAUGAUGAAUGAUCAGGACGGGGACGGCAAGAUGGCGCUACAUGAGAUGGAAGAUAAGGAUCUGUUUGAGGAGCUUGACGCGAACGACAACGGAUUCGUUGACCAAAAAGAGCUGGACAAUCUCCAGGAACAUUUUAAUAUGAUAACAGCUCUGACCCAGGGUCAGUCCUCGGAUGAUGACCAGCUGGACGAUGAGCUGAACGAAAAAGAACUCGCUGAACUUAAAGAUCUCCUCAGCAACCAGCCUUAAAAGAUACACAGAGGAGAUUCAAGUCUGUUAUUUUAUGAAAUGAGAUUUAUUUCCCUCAUUUGACUUCUUUGGACAUUGAGAUUGCUGUUAACCAGACGCAUUCUCACAUUGAAAAUAAAUCAAAUGAUUUCA